GUGGGAUGAUUGUUCUAAGCUGUGAGUCACAACUUUAGUGCAAUUCCUGGAGCUAAUGAUGCAUGUUGGAGUCAUCAGGCUGUAAGGGAAGGCUGAACCGGGCAGGAUUAGACUCGGUGAAUGCGAGUUCCUUUGGAAUUAAACGACAGAAUGGAGGGAAGACUUGGGCAUUGUCUGAACUAGAAGGCGCUAGGCGUCUGGGUUCAGUCAAAGGAGUCAUCACCCAAAGUUGUCUAAUAAUGACAGACUAUCAUCAACAUCGCCGCAGCACAUUAUCUUAGAAUCACGUGAUCUGAUAUCGGCUGCUUUUCUUUCCGCCGGGGAUCCCAAAAAUCAACGGGAGACAGCUCCGAAUCAGCAGCCAUCUAACCACCCCGUCGUCGGCCCAUCCAGAUCAAUUACAGCCGGGCGCGACCUGAAAAUCCCAUCCCUUGACAUAUCUCCCAUCAGAAAGUAGUCGCUCAGGCGCUCCAACCGUCACAAUGGUCAACCUCUUCAAGCGGAUGCGGAAGCUGAAAACCGGUAUGUUCUCAAUCUACAAUCUCAUCCAGCUCCCCUUGUACUCCAACCCAACCCGACCAUUCCAAUCCCUACCCAUCGAUGCCAUCCCUCCCAUAUCGGAAUCAAUCAACCAACCCAACCAUCCGCCGGAGAAACCCAUCAAACCCAACCCUACUAACACCCAAUCCCAGCUCCUCAACAUCCAAGUCGGCACCGGAGCCGCAACCCUCCCCACUGUCGCAAACGCCUCGAAAGAAUUCCCCGCCAUUACGCGGCUGCACCUCACAUACGCCCGCAAGAUCUACGGCGGACACCAAGGCGCGCGACAUUUCUGGCGCAACUGCCUCCCCCGGCUGAAGUACCACAACCCAGCGAUUCCCAUGACGGUGCGCCAAACAGAGGAACAAGAAGGCCCCGCCGCAUUGACGAUUUACUUCGCCGAGCGCGCCAGCAACGCCGCAUCCCUGCUCUCCGCCAAGGACGUCACGGACAAGCACGCCCCGGCCCCCGGAGAGGCGGAGCAGACCGCUGUUCUGGAUGUGAAGAACCUCGACUACAAGGAUAUCUGGGCUAAGGUGAAGAACAUGACGGGCGCGCAGGAGAUUCAGCCUACUCCGGAGCAGGAGUCUGAGUUGCAGAAGUUGGAGCAGUUGAGGCAGCAGAGUGAUAAGGAUCGCGCGCGUAUAGCGGCUAUUCGUCAGGCUAAGGCGGAUCAGGAACGUAUGUUGCAGGAGGCUAGGGGUGAGGUGGAGAAGUUGAGGCAGUUGUAG